AUGGAAAAUCAAAUGUACAUGAAGAAGGUAAACUCUGCAAUCCCUUACAUGUCUGAAAUUCUUGACCCUCUUGACAAAGCAGAAUUCAAGAGAGUUUUCUUCAAUGUUCACCCCAAGCCUUGGAAGGACGCCUUCCUGGAGAUCAACAGUACCAUCGGCAGCCAUUCCAUUGCCAGCAUCACUUCCUACAUGCAACGCAAGGCUGGACAAGCACACAACAAGGAAUUGAAGAAUCGACUCCACCAGAAGAUCGAAUCCAAAAAGAAGAAACGCACGGCUGGUGUCCAUCACAGGGACAAUUCAAAACCUUUCAAGAAAUCUCAUACCGACCCAGAGGAAAAGACAAAGCGUCCAAGGACCUUUGUGGCAUUGUCACACCCUUCGGCAACUAUUCUACUUGCUGACUUCGAAGAAGCAGACGUCUACAUUGACAAUGUUGGAAUCUUUUCCAACAAUUGGAACUCACACUUGGACAGCCUCAGAAAAAUCUUACAAAUGUUGCAAGUUAAUGGCUUUACCUGCAAUCUGCUGAAAUGUGAAUUUUGUGUGCAAGAAACUGAUUGGCUUGGUUAUUGGCUCACGCCUACUGGAAUCAAACCGUGGAAAAAGAAGAUUGAUGCGAUCCUCAGACUCAAACCUUCCAAGUCUGUCUUGGAACUCCGUUCCUUUAUUGGCGCAGUAACGUUUUACAAUGACAUGUUUCCGAAACGUUCACACAUUCUCGCACCUUUGACUGCACGUAUUGGACACAACAAGAAGAAAUUAGAUUGGACACCCGAAUGUCAAAAGGCCUUUGACCACAUCAAAACUGUACUCUCAAAGGAUGCAUUUCUGGCCUAUCCAGACCAUAAUCAACCUUUUCACGUCUACUGUGACGCUAGCGACUAUCAACUGGGUGUAGUCCGGUGGCAAAAUUCGCCUCCCGGAUGGAACGGCGCUGGGUCGUCUGCGAACAGUUUUCCCACGUAG